AUGAAUAAUGGAGAACAAGUGCACAGACGUUGGCUAGUUUACAGCAAAAGUACUGAUAAAGCAUUUUGUUUUUGCUGCAAAUUGUAUGGAAAUGACACUGGAUCUCAAUUAGCUAACGAUGGGUAUAGUGAUUGGGCACACUUGGGCAGAACUCUUGAUAAUCACGAAAAAUCAGCAAUUCAUGGUCAGAAUGUUGGAAAGUGGACGGAUUGUGAGAUACGUUUAGCUGAAGCGUCCACUAUUGAUAAGCAACAUAUAAAAUUGAUAAAUAAAGAAAAGGAACAUUGGCGUGAAGUUCUUAACAGCAUUAUUAAGAAAGUACACGAUGCUUUAGAUGAAGUAGUAGAAGCGACUGACGACCCUAAAGCAAAAAGUGAAGCUCGAUCCCUUGUCAAUGAACUAAUGAGCUAUGAGUUUUUAGUAGCAUUAGCUAUUUGGUAUGACGUGCUCUUUGCUGUAAAUAGUGUAAGCCAAACCUUGCAGGCUGAAAAAAUGCACUUACGCAUGGCAUCGCAGUUGCUUCAAGGACUGGUACAGUUUUUAGAGCAAUUUAGAAAUGAAGGUUUUGUUGCAGCAAUAAUGGUUGCAAGAGAAAUGAGCAAACUUUUGGACAUAGAGCCAAAGUUUCAAAUAGUCAAGCAAAGGAAGAAACGAAAAAUGUUUGAUUACGAAGGAGAUGAGCAUGAUGUAGAAUCUGCUGAACAAAUUUUCAAAAUUGAGUAUUUUUAUUAUAUUGUAAAUUGUAUAUUACAGUCCCUUUCAAGAAGAUUUCAACAAGUUGCCAGUUACAACAGUAUGUUUGGAUUCUUGUACAGUGUAAAAGAAUUAAAAUCAAUUGAACAAGGUCAAUUGUUGGAAAAGUGCAAAGCCCUAGAAGCGUCUUUAAGUUUUGAAGAGCAAAAGGAUAUCUGUGGAAAUGAUUUGUUCACAGAACUAAAAGUUCUUCGUGGCCUACUUCCCGCUGAAGUUGAAACAGCUGCUGGUGUGUUAAGAUUUAUGAACAGAAUACAAAAUCCAUAUCCCAACACAUUCAUUGCCUACAGAAUUUUACUUACUAUUCCAGUGACUGUUGCUAGCGCAGAAAGAAGUUUUUCCCGGCUAAAGUUAACAAAGACUUACCUAAGAUCAUCAAUGAGCCAAGAAAGGUUAACGUCUUUGGCAACAUUAUCGAUAGAAGCAGACACCACGGCCAAAGUCAAUUUUGGCAAGAAAAAUUAA